AUGGACACCAAGGGGAAGCCGCAGUUGGAAACGGAUUCGAAGCCACAGCCGCAGGUAGAGACCCAGACUGAACUGCUCUCGCAUCAGCAAUCGCAACAGCUGACGGAUGACCUACUAGAAACGACCAUACCCCCUCGGCGUCCACGUCGCCUGGGCCCCCCCAUGCCGUCCGACGAUAUGUUGCGCCUCUCCAUAGCGGACAAUCUCAUGCAGAUUGUGGGAAAUAUGACAAAUGACGAGUACCAGCGACAAUGUUGCGAGAUCUUUCAGGUGAGCGAACUGACGCACGGUGUCCACGGCCAGAUCCUGGCCGCCCUGCAGCACAUAGACGAGCAGCGGCAACGACCAGGUGGUCAUAGAUGA